UGUGUGGGGGAGACAUGUUGCAUUGGCCUGCGAAUGUUGGCCUCUUUUAAUUAUCAAUAACAUCUGAUCAAGGAAGCUAUUUGAAUCAAAGCUAAAAUGUAUGAUAACUACCGGAAAGAAGAGUAUAUAAACAUAUAAUACUUCUUAACGCUUGAAAACGUGGUGUUACAUUGGCGGGAAAACUAUCGCAGGCUGUAUCGUCGAUGUAUCGAAGCAAUAUUUGGAUUCAUAAUCUUGGCGUCUUACUCUCAAAAUAUAUUAAUAGUAAUACUGUUAGAAUUACAAGGUCUUCUAAUAUAAGCAAUGGGAAUACACGGGUUAGCUAAGUUAAUUGCUGACUGCGCUCCAUCAUCAGUCAAGGAAAAUGACAUAAAGAAUUACUUUGGAAGAAAAAUAGCUAUUGAUGCAUCAAUGAGUAUAUACCAGUUUCUUAUUGCUGUAAGACAAGAAGCAAAUGUAUUAACAAAUAGUGAAGGUGAAACUACAAGUCACUUGGUUGGGUUGUUCUAUAGAACAAUUCGUAUGAUAGAAAAUGGAAUCAAGCCUGUGUAUGUUUUUGAUGGAAAACCUCCUCAGAUGAAAAGCUCAGAGUUGGAAAAAAGACAAGAAAGAAGAGAGGAAGCCCAGAAACAACUUGAAGCUGCAGAAGAAGCAGGUGUUUCUGAAGAUGUGGACAAGUUUACACGACGACUUGUAAAAGUUACAAAACAGCACAAUGAUGACUGUAAGGAAUUACUUCGUCUCAUGGGUGUCCCUUAUGUGGAGGCCCCUUGUGAAGCUGAAGCACAAUGUGCAGCUCUAGUAAAAACUGGCAAGGUUUAUGCCACAGCAACAGAAGAUAUGGAUGGGUUGACAUUUGGAACUAACAUUCUUUUGAGACAUAUGACGUUUAGUGAAGCCAGAAAAAUGCCAAUUAAAGAGUUUCAUUUGCAGAAGGUUUUAAAUGAACUUGACCUCAACAUGGAUGAGUUCAUUGAUCUAUGUAUUCUUUUGGGCUGUGAUUAUUGUGAGAGUAUCCGUGGCAUUGGACCAAAACGUGCUAUUGAACUCAUCAGACAACACAGGAGCAUUGAAGAAAUUAUUAAGCAUCUUGAUGGAAAGAAAUACACCACACCUUCUGACUGGAUGUUUAAUGAAGCAAGAAAACUGUUUAAAGAACCUGAAGUGGCCGACUCGGAAAUCCCUGAGUUAAAGUGGAAUGAGCCAGAUGAAGAAGGUCUUGUGAAGUUUCUGUGUGCAGAUAAAGGAUUUAGUGAAGAGAGAGUACGAAAUGGAGUAAAGAAGCUUAUCAAAGGUCGUCAUGGUAGCACACAAGGUCGUCUGGACUCCUUCUUCAAGGUCAUUCCUAGUAACAGUCCAGUGAAACGAAAGGCAAAUGAAACAAAAGAAUCUGGAAAGAAGAAAUCCAAAACUGCUGGCAGUAACAACAAAUUUAGAAGACCAAAGUAGAUGAGAUUCUUUCCACCUGUAUAUUUUUUUUUUAACUGAAAAGAUCUUACAGAAUUUGUAUUUUGUUUUACUAAAUUAUCCACCUCUGGUUCAAAUAUGUUUGUGGUACCAUGGCUAGAACUUAUUAUUUACAACCUAAUUAUUUACAGUUUAUUGUAAAACUUCUCUAAUAACAACUUUUAAACAUACAAAUGUAUAUACACGUAACCAGCCUGUCCAGAGCUUUUUUUUUUCCCGACCACAUUUGUGUGUGGAAGCACAUUUUGAUAAAAUAAUAAUAAAUUAACCAACAACGAUUUAUAAGCAUAAUGACAUUUUAUGUGGAGUAUAUAUAAUUUUUUUUAAGAAAUUUAAGUAUGCUUCUUGUGUGUUGUUGUAUGUUUUAAACGUUGUAAUAGAGGAGUGUUCCAACAUAAAUAAGAAUUUUGUAAGAUGUGCUAAAAAUCAGUACGAUCUUGCAGUUUUGUAGCCCUAGCAUUGCUUUAUACUGGAACAUCUUAUGUAUGUAAUUACUACAUUUCAGUGAAUAAAAGAAGAGUGUUAGAUAAAAUUCUGUAUUGUCAAUAAACAAUUGUUGUUUCUUUAA